ACGUAUAUCAGUGAUAUAAAUGGGAUGACGAGGGACUGGUGCUGUUUAGUAAUUGCAUUCAAUAGUACAGUCUCAGUCGCAAGCUAGUCGUUCCCGUGGAUUGAUCCCGAGCUGCUUAAGUGAAAUGUUUCCCCAUCGGCAUGGACACAGGCCUGGUUGGGGCCAUCGGGAUCCAUAUGGAUUAUCACCAAAGGCUAGCUUCGACGAAGAGCCUCUAAACACUCCGGUUUACAACUGGGUCCAUUGUCCAAUAAGCCAAGGUGCUAUCCCCCUUAACGCAGUUCGAGCUGGAAAGGACUCCGAUGGCUCAGCGAUAUACGUAGGGCGUUUUAAUCACGACGGGAAUAUGCUUCCUGCAAAAGUUAUUCCUAUUCGUCGUGUAGCAUACAUUUCCUACAAUGGAGUUGAAAUAUUCUGUCCAAAUGUCGAAGUACUUUGUGGUCUAGGAUUUACAUGGGUACCCAGUCAAAAGGGUGAUCUGCCGAAAGGGGCUGUCUGCAGUGGAUAUACAUCAACCGGUGAACCAAUAUAUAUUGGUCGAGCCCAUCAUGACGGUAGCUUGACACCUGGUAAGAUAAAUCCAAAACAUGGUUGCCUUUACAUACCGUUUGGCGGCCACGAACAUGCACAUCCUAACUACGAAGUCCUAGUUGACACUAAAAAAUCAGGACAACAAAGUGUUGGUAGCAAAUGGGUUCCUGCCAAAAGUAACGGUCCCGUACCACCGGGUGCUCUUUUGGCUGGUAACGAUAGUGAUGGUACGCCAAUCUAUCUGGGCCGAGUCUACCGCCAUGGACAGACCCUGCCAGCUAAAGUGAUCCCUCGCAAACGGAUGUGCCACACUGGAGACGAAGGGUUGGAGUUCGAGAUGGCCGACUAUGAAGUACUUUGCUGUGCAAACGUAGCCUGGAUGCCUUUUCAUGGUGUAUUUCCGAUAAAUGCAAUCGAAUGCGGACGUGACAGAAUGGGAGAGAAGCUGUACUUUGGUAGAGGUCGUUACAAUGGCAGCUUGACGCCAGGGAAAGUUCUUGAGUGCAGUAAAUUGUUGAAGAUUCCGUUUGACUGGAAAGAAAUUCCUCUCAGAGAAUUUGACGUCCUCGUUGAUAACAGCCACUCAAAUACUCCUACUCAGUCAUUGAAUUGGUGUCCCAGCACCAACAAAUUACCCGUCCCAAAAGGUGCUCUCCUAGCAGGCUACGACAGUGAUGAAUCUUCUAUCUAUCUGGGCCGUGUAACGUUCGAAGGAAACCAACUACCAGCAAAAGUGAUUCCGCGCAAGGGCUUAUGUCAUACCUGUCACCAAGGUAAGGAACUAGAGAUGAUCUCCUACGAAGCUUUGUGCAACGCUAGAGUAACCUGGAUUCCGUUUAAUGGCGUUAUUCCCCCGAAAGCGGUUCUAUGUGGCCGUACACGGUGGGGCGAAGCGGUGUACAUUGGUCGCGGUCCCUACAAGGGCAGUAUCACUCCUGGUAAAAUAUUGGAAAAUGAAAAGAUGUUGAAAAUCCCGUUCGAGUGGAGUGAGCACUCAAUUAGAGGAGGAGAAAUUUUGGUUGAGUAUUGAAAACUUUGAU